UUUAAGUUAAAUACUCUGAACACAGCAAUUCCAAAGAUUUUAAGAAGCAAAAAGUUCUCUGAACUAAGUAAUGGAUCAGAUAUUGAUGAAACCAGAGCCAAAAAGCUUUUACCAGACAACAUCCGUCUUGAUGAAAUUAAAACCAAGCAGAAAAUUUCUCGUUUUAAACAAAAGCCCAAGCCCAAGGUGAAAAGAUCAAAUAUUCGCUUCAAUGUUUCUAAAGUUGAAGAGUUCAUCAUUCAAGAAAAUUUGAAUAAUAAUAGCUCAAAACCAGACGAAGAAAAGAUGAAUUUACUAGAGUUAGAAGCCAUGCUAAAGGAUUUUGAAAUCCUCCCUAGUAAAGAGAUUCAGGAUAAAAUUGACCUGUUUUUGUUUCCUUACAACAAGUCUUCCAAUAUGCAGAAGUGUAUGAACUUCAACGAGCCAGACCCCAAAAGUUGUUCACCAAGUUCAGAUUCUAGACAACCAAUUUCUAAUAAUAACCAAUUGGGAUAUAUUUAUAACAACUGGAAGAAAAUUUCCAACUUCAUUUGUAAAGAGAACGGAGACUUCAGGAAAUCCCUGAGGAUUUUGAACAAAGCCAGGUAUAAAGAGUAUGAAGAAGUCUUCAAGACAAUGAUGUGUCUUAAGCCAGAGUGGAGUGUCUUCAAAAGCCAGAUAUGCAAAACAGUAAAUGCUACUAAUACUAAGAAAGUCUCCAACAAGAGGAGGAAGAAUAUUUGAAAAAUCGAUUCUGUGAGUUUCGGCAAAGACUUCCAGGAUGGAUACAUGGGACGCAACACUAAGCGCUCUCAAUUCCCUCCUCAACAUCGCAGAAAGCCUUCUCUGGAUGAUAGGGUUAUAACAAAAGUAGUUUCGGUUCUGAAAGAUAUCAAAAGUAUGCCAAUAAGUGAAUCUCCUCGAGCUGAUUCGGCCAUAUCUGACUCAGAAAGCGAUAAAGAAGACGCUCGAUACAAAUAUUUCACUAAAUUUCUUGAAAGCAAUCUUAAAAGGAAGAAAAACAAGCCCUCUAGUUGUUUCGUAAAAGCUAAGAAGCCAUUAACAAAUUUGUCAAACUCGAAAAUUAAAGAGUUUUCUCCUAUCCAGAUUUGCACAAGAGCAGCUGAAUCUCAACAAAGAAUGAAUCCUAUUCAGAUGAAAAAGAUGCCACCUUCUGAGAUGAACAAGAAGUUUGAACUUGCUAAGACUAGGUCAUGAAGCUUCUUAAGUAAGGCUGCUGAGAACCCUUUCAUGGCAAAAAAUAAGAAUCUAUGUUCCUGUGAAAACCAUAAUGAAAUCUACAAAAGCAAGCCUUCCCACUCCAAAAUUCCGACUCCCUCUAUCAACCUCCUUCCAUCCACAAAACUUCCUAAAUCUCCCUUAAACCUUUCCCACAAAUCAAUCCACCCCCUCCGAAGAAGCCACCAAAACAUGCCCAAAAUUUUCCAAAUCACUCCCAAUGAAGCCCAAAUUUUCACCAAAAUUCCAGACACAUCUACCACCCAAAAGAGUACUGGUAGUGCGAGACAAAUGCGAUCAAUGCCUCAUAGAAAAUUCAGCGAUUCUCAUAAAUCAAGCGAGACAACAUGCUCUUUAUCAAAUAAAACUCACUCCAAAGUUAAUAAAAUCCCAGCAAACCCGUAUUAUCGCUACAAAGACAACACCCUGAUUUCCAAAUCCUGCAUCAAUCGUUCAGUCCAUCCUCAGCAGUUCCAUUCCGGCCUAUACUCCACUUCCAGACACAGAUCACCCAAAAUCCUCCCUACGCUGCCUAUUUCGAACGAUCACCCUUCUAAAACUACCAGAAGGUGUCUGGCUCUAGAAGACAUAGCUUAUCUGAACAAUUACGGUUUAUCCACAGUGGGCAAUAAAUAAAUAAAAUUGUAGUCAACUUCAC